UUCCAUCAAGAGCUAAUAUAGCAGCAUUAAAACACAUUGGAGUGGAAAUAAUCAUUGCAUUUUCAGCCGUAGGAUCUCUCCGUGAAGAAAUUAAACAUAGAGAUUUUGUAAUUCCUGAUCAGAUUAUUGAUCGUACCAAGGGAAUUCGUCCAUCCACCUAUUUUGAAGGAGGAAUUGCUGCUCAUGUGACAUUUGCUGAUCCGUUUAGUCCUUUACUUGCCGAGAUAAUCUAUUCGCAUCGUAAAUGUCUCGAAAAUCCUGAAAAUGGAGAUGGUAUAAAUUUGCACUGUAACAAAACCCUUGUUUGUAUAGAAGGACCUGCGUUCAGCACCAGAGCUGAAUCUCAUCUGUAUCGUAGUUGGGGGUGUGAUAUUAUUAAUAUGUCCGUAUUACCUGAGGCGAAGUUAGCUAAAGAAGUUGAAAUUGCUUAUCAAAUGAUUUGCAUGUCGACAGAUUAUGAUUGUUGGAAGCCAAAUGAAGUUGUAUCCGUUGAAAGUGUGAUCGCAAAUUUGCGUCAGAAUGUAGAUAAUGCGAAAAAACUUUUAUCCGAGAUACUACCUGAUUUGGAAAAAGCAUUGAAAGAAGGAAAAUUUGCAUACCUAAAGGGUUCCAUGAAAAAUUCAUGUAUAACUGACAAAAGAGUAAUAACCGAAAAGGCGAUUCAAAAGAUAAAUUACGUAUUGCCCGGAUAUUAUGAUUGA